AUGGACAAACUCCAGGUCUCCGUCGCCGUCUCGGCCGUUGCCUCGGCCUUUCACAGUGGCGCCGAGCUGCUCAAGCAACUGAAGAAGCAGCGCAAGAAGAGAAAGGGCGAAGAAGCCUACAAGGAAAAGGCCCUCCUGGAGUCUCUGGAGAAUGGCGAGACUCAGAUCGAGCAGCGCUACGCUGCCGACUGCCAGGAGUUGGGCCAGAGCAUCCGCAUAGGCGACGCCAUUGCCCGUGAGCGUCUGCUUCACAUCGCUGUCUCUAUCCAGUCCGACGUCAUCAGGAGCCUGCAAAUCGCCACACGAAAUGAAUCAGCCGUCGUCGACCUCACUGCCUUGCAUGAGGCUUCGGUCAUGCUUAGGCGUGACACUUUGACCGCUCUGGCAGAACUGCGUCAGCGCACCCUCAACGACAUGCCCUCCGAGACCCGCAGGAGAUUGAACAGCGAUGCCGGAUAUUCCUCCUCGAUCAGCAGCAUCCAAAGGACGUCUCUUAGCAACAGCCAGCGGUCACGCGCCUCGACCAAUUUCUCCGACAAUCUUCCCCCGGCUGUCACCAUUCUCAACACCGACGAGAAGCCAAAGAGUGUUCUCUCAAGGGUCUUUUCUCAUAGGAGAAGCUCUUCUGCUCUAACCUCGCAAUCCAGCAACUCCAGCAAUUCCGAAAAGAGGAAUUCUGGUUACAACAUGGCCUCAAACUUGCCGUGGGUGUCGGAUCGUGCAUCCCAGGAACAUCAAGAUUUGAUCAACCCCCAGUCCCACGAGCUUCCUGCAGAAGUCCCAGUAAGGCUUCGCCCGCCCAUGGACCCUCCGCCACCGCCCGCCUACUCUCCCAGCAGGUUCAACCGCGGCCACUUCGAGUCAGACAGGAAAUUCGACCCUUCUCAUUUCCCCGAGAGCCCUCGUCCAAUCCACCCCCUGGAAAGAGAGUCGAUGGACCAGCAACAGAUCGAGGCCUUGAGCUUGAAUGCUGCAGUACAGGCCCCACCUACCGUGGUGAGGACUUCAGCCGAGGUCAACGAAGCUUUCAACCAGUGCAUGGGCUCUCUGAGGCUGGACCAAGAUUUGCGGCCUACGUCCUGGUUGAGCUCUAGCGCAUCGGUUACCUCCUCAAGCCACUACUCGACAUCGGAGAAUGCCACGGGAGACAAUGCGACCAUUUCGUCCGUUAACUACAGCGGUGACGAUUGUGCUUCUCUCACCGUUACCACUGCACCACCGCGCACACGCCACAGUUACACAUCUAUCCAAAACAGUAGCCCUUUCAGCACCGACCCUCCGCCAAACGAGCUGUCCUCACCGCCAUCUACCGCAACCACGACGCUGUCGCACAACCGCGCCUUCUCGGCUCCUACCGUCACCGUCAUCCCACCACCGCCCCACUCGCCUGCUCCCCCUGUGCUUCCUCUGUCAGCUCCCGUCGCACCUGUGGUACCAAUGCUUGGCCGGCCCUGCAAAGCGAACAAUUAUUACAAUUUCUGCAAAGGCGCUUGGUCCCUGCGGGAAGAAUUCAAGAAAGGUCUUGUUGUUCGCAACAAGCCUGUCGGCAUGUACACGUCCUGCCUUGUCUGGCAGUGCAAGGAAUGCAACUUCGAGGGCCCUACUUUUGGCAACAAGAAGCCAUACAUAACUGAUCCCCGCACUUACACCUUCGUCCACGACGUCGCUGGUAACGGCGCCCCUGUCACUGUCAAGUACAAGUGGAUUUUCCUCGCCAAGUCGCACGUCAAGAUCAAAUCUGGCCUUCUCCGUCCGACCGCGACAGAGAACGAACAGACCGUUGCGACUCUCUCCGGCUUCCUUGGUGGCCACCACCAAAGGGCCCCGAGCGUGUCCGACGUGUCGAAAGAGAACGGCGCUGUGGACGAAACGAAGUACCUUCACAAGCCUGGAUACAGCUACGGCUGCUCCUUCUGCUGUGCUGAGGGCCAUGUGACGAGCGUGUACGGCAAUGCCGAGACGCUGCUUGCGCACGUGGCAGAGGCGCAUGCGGCUCCCGCUGUGACGGGAAGGCAGCCGUUGAGUGCAGAUACGCUGACAAGGACCAAGUGCGUUGUUGGGCGCACGCCUGAGAAGACCGAAGAGUGGGAAGUUUGGUUCCCAGGAUUCCAAGCGCAGGGCAUCAUGCCUUUGGCCAUCUAG